CGCAGGCCAGGCAGCUAAUGAUUGUGCCAGAAGUAGUGCAGAUCGCGGAAUGUGCAAACGUGUUGAAGACUGAUCGUGUGUGAAUAAUUUUGAUUAUUGGGCAAUAUGCUUGCAGGAAGAUUUAUAUGGUUGUUUGCCUUAAUUACGUGUUUAAUACAGAUUGCAUUUUGCCUAGUUAUAGAUGAUAAGCUUGUGCCUCAAAAUGAAGAAGACAACAACCAUGUUGGACUAACAGGCGAAUCAUCAAAUGAUGCAUCUUCGACCUUGACGACGAAGGCGUCACGCAGGAAACCGUUUCGUGUGAUACAAGCCGAGCGUGAGAAGAAACACCUCGAUCUAAAUUUACUGCGUAAAAAACGCUUUAUUGGAGACAUGUUAAAACCGUUUAAAAAAUCGCAUCAAAACUGUACAACACCAAGCGGAGCACAAGGACGCUGCAAACGAUAUCAGCAUUGCAAACUUUCGGACUCGAAAGACAAUAUAUGGAAGAUACUAGGACAACUAUGCAUCAUUGAAAACAUUUCCAUCGGUGUGUGCUGCCCAAACAAUUUGACCGAAGGUUCAGGGCCAGAGUUCGCUGCGCGAUUGCCAGCAUUUGCCAACGAUAUCGAGUACGAUUCAGUAGAAGGGCUGGAAGGAAGCAAUGCGAUCCAGUCACGGGAUGGCCUGGAACGGCCGGAGGAGCGAGGCUGUGGAGUAUCUACCAAACAAAUACCGAAGAUCGCCGGUGGGCGCCCCGCAGAACCAGACGAGUGGCCUUGGAUGGCUGCACUUAUACCGAAUAACGGACAGCAAUCGUUCUGCGGAGGAGUCCUGAUUACCGAUCGGCAUGUCAUGACAGCCGCGCACUGUGUGCUAAAUCUUAAAAUCACCCAGUUUCUGGUUCGAUUGGGCGAGUAUGACUUUACGCAGUAUAACGAAACACGAUCAAGGGACUUUCGGGUGACGGAAAUCCGCAGUCACGUCGAUUUUGAUCCGGUCACUUACGAGAACGAUAUCGCCGUCUUAAAGCUAUUUAGACCUUCCUUUUUCAACUCAUAUAUUUGGCCAAUAUGUAUGCCUCCGUUGGAUGAUUCGUGGGUUAGCUAUCGGGCAAUUGUAGUCGGCUGGGGAACUCAGUUCUUCGGUGGACCCCACUCGAAGGUAUUGAUGGAGGUUGAUUUGCCAAUUUGGUCCAACAACGAAUGUCAGGAGGUGUACAUCAAUCGAAUCUUCGAAACAAGUCUUUGUGCCGGAAACUACGAAGGUGGAAAGGACUCAUGCCAGGGGGACAGUGGAGGACCGCUAAUGGUGCAGUUGCCCAACAAACGAUGGGUCUCCGUUGGAAUUGUAUCCUGGGGCAUCCGCUGUGGAGAGGCAAAUCAUCCGGGAAUUUACACCCGCGUUAGUUCCUACGUGCGCUGGGUCAUUGAGAACGCGGUUUUCUAAAUAAAUAUAUCACUUCGAUUUUUUACGCUUGAUACUGAUAGGUACCUAACAAUGAAAAUAACCGUUCGUUGUUUCUCAAUGCAAUCGAUUAUCUGGGUUAAACGUAGGUAUAUUGUGAGCAUAUGCUUUGCUGAAUUAAUAAUUCUCCUUAUACUUAGAAACUAUAAUUA